UGUAAUUGCAACUGCAGCUGCAACCGCCGCAAGUUGUAGCAUCUAAUGUUUCUGCCUUGCGCCGCCGUAACUUCUCCAACUUCUUACAACAUUCCAACUUCCAAGUACCUACGAAUUCAAAUUCCGACACAUCUAUAUAUCGCCAACUAUUAUCGGAUGGACAAAUGGGACUUUACUUCGCAUCACCGAAUCUUAUCGCUUUCUCGAAACUCUAAUUUCCCCGACUCCCUUUCCUUUCCAGGGGUUCCGAAGGCGAGGUAGUAGAGGGUGCGAUACCUGGAAAUACAAAGCUCUCAUGGCUUUGGGAAUACUACAGCCACCUUUUGCCCUCUAGUACUAAUUCUAGGGCAAAAUCAUCAUGUCUGGUCGCAAGCUCGGUGGAGGAAGAAUACUAGGCAGUGGAAAAGGUCUCGCACCCCCAGCUCCUCCAGCCAUUCAGAGAGAGAGGGCUGCCAGUCCGUCCGCCCCGUCCGACAGCACCUUAUCCAUUGGAUCUCCCGCUACAUCUAUCUCCCCUGGAACCCCGAGCCUUUCACCUGAUUUCCCUCAGGAUCUCACCUCUAAUAUUAGCUUGGGUGGCCCAAGCAAUGGCGGCCAGCCAGGCUCAAAGCUCGUAUGUCCCAUCUGUGAGGAGGAGAUGUUAACGCUCUUGCAAUUGAACCGCCACAUCGAUGAUAUCCACCAGGAGCUACCCGAGUUCGAGCACGAUGAAGUCAAGUCAUGGAUUGAUAAGCAAGUCCUUAAGGCCAAGAAGUUCCAGCCCCUAUCCCUCAUCAAUCAGAAGCUUCGUGGCCUUGAUGUCUUCGAGUCGAACGAAUCAGCUGCGACACCGCCUCCUAUCACCCCAAGGACACCCAGAGCUCCCAUUGCAGAAUCACCUAUAGACCCUGACGAUAUAAUAACCAAAUCCCACUGGCAGCGGCAGGGUUUGAAUGAUUCAUGCACAGAUCCGGCAUGUGGUAAGAGAUUGGGGGCUGUCAAUGGUAGUAUAAACUGCAGGCAGUGUGGUAGAUUGUUCUGCGAGGAGCAUACCAUGUAUCAGAUGAAGUUAUCGAGGUCAGCGUCGCACGAACCGGUGAGGGGAUAUUGGUAUCGGGUAUGUGAAACGUGUUACAAAUCAAGAGAAGGAUAUAACGAUCAUAGCGGCUUAAUAAGGGAUCAUACGCCAGAUUUUGCCGCAAUACGAAGGAAGAAGGUCGAUAGGCAGACACUCGAAAUAUCUCGAUUGGAAAAGAGGCUUACUAAGCUGACCCAGUUACUCGCAAACCCGCCUGAAGAGGCCGGGGCAAGCAGUGGUACGGGCUUGCUGUCUUUAGCGGCGCAGAGGAACCAGAGAAAGGCUAUCGAGCAAUCAGUUGUGACGUGGGAGGAUGAUGGCAAAGUCCCGAAAUGUCCGUUUUGCCAACAGGAAUUCUCCUGGACGUUUAGGAGGCAUCAUUGUCGGUUAUGUGGACGAGUGGUAUGCGCAGAUCCUCAAACUGUGUGCUCAUUGGAGAUAGGUCUAAAUGUUGCGAAUCCAUCCGUUCCCGCCUCCGAAAAACCGGCAGGAGGCAACCCCAUCAGUAUUGAUAUUCGCAUGUGCCGGGAAUGCAAAUUUACCACCUUCUCCAAGAGAGACUUCAUGGACUCGAUUGUGCAUAAACCCCCAGAUCAGCGUGCUUACGAGACACUAAAGCAAUUUGAACGUGGUAUUCAGCUAUUAUUGCCCACUUUUCAAAGAGCCCUCGUACCACUGCAGGAUGAGGAUAGACCACCAAGUCAUGUACAAAUCCAGGAGGCAUCUAAAAUCCGAAAACGACUCACGGACAGCUUCACCAAGUAUGAUGUAGCAGCUCGGCGCAUCCGCGACAUGAAGACGGACAGCCCGACGCAGCAGUUAUUACAAAAGUCUAUUCACCAAGCAGCAUCCUCGUUCCUACACUUGCACAUGCUAUCUCUUAAAAAUCUGCCACGAAUGUUAAAGCAUAGUAGCUCCAGUUCCGGCUCUAGCAGAAAUCGCCUACUGGCUAAUAGUCAUGUAGCAAGCCCGCUACGCAACAACAGCGACGUGUUCGAGACAGCCAGCCAAACAAGUGAGACCAGCACGGUGGUAUCAGCGUUGGAGACAGAAGAAAAGGAUCUACGCGAGCGGCUCAUUGUGCUAGAGGAGCAAAAGUACAUGGUGCAACAGAUGAUCACCGGAGCGCACGGAGCCAGACGGUUCGAGGAGGUAAGCGCCCUGACGCGGAACGUCGAGGAGCUGGAUGUGGAAAUCGAGAGCGUGAGGAGUAAGGUUACGGUCGUCGAGAAUAGAUGGCAGGGCCUCUAUGCGAAUGGCCCGCCCGGUUUAGUCUCGUGAUUGCUUCUGUAGGCUGUGUACCUACCUCAGAGACCUACCUGGGUUAGGGACCUACAUGCGGUGGUGACAGAGACUACGGGUAUAAUAAUAAGGAGAUAAGGAAAUAAGCAUGGAGAAACCUAACUUGGAAGUGGAUGAGGAUUACAUUAUUCAUUAUUUGUACAGUAUUCAGCUAUUCUUGCAUUGCAUGGC